UCGCAUUUCUGGGUUCUUCAAAAGUUUCCAUCUUUUCGCUUCUGGGUCUGAUGGGUCUGUUCGAUUCAGCCUUCAACUCUGUUUAAUUUAAAUUGUACAACUCAACCUAUUAUAUAUACAUAUUUAUUUAUACUGGGUCGUGUUAUUUUAUUGGAAGGCGAAGAAGACUUAUUGAUAUUGACUUGGCUCUUGGGAUUCCCACUACUAGGGUGGUUAGGUGCUUGUUUGUGUUGUGUUGUGUGUGUCACUGUGUCCUCCUCUGUACCCUCUUGAUUUCAUUGGUAACAGUAAAAGCAAAAGGUUCUUUCUUGUGGAAAAGGGUCCCUUGCUUUAGGGCUGUGAGAGAGAAAAAAGUAUUUCUUCUUGAUGAUGUCUUUUGAUGGGUCUCUGGAAUCUUAUGCAAACCCUUCCUUCCAUUUUGGUUGCUUGCUUAGGAGAUAGAGGAAUGAAUAGGGAAAAGUAUGCUUGUUGUUGAUCAUUGUGUUUCCCAAAAUUCCUGUUCCAACUGGAUCAACUUUUUAAAUUCCUUUUCUCCUCUGCAGUCAGGUAGAUUAAGCAUCCUAUUCCUAUCUGAUUGUCUCUUGUAUUUUAAUUUUUUAUUUUUUGCAGGGUUAUUUGUUAACUGAAUCCUUGGUUUAAUUGAGAUGGACGGUGAUAUAUUUGGAGAGCUAGGCAAUUCAACACAAGUAGAUAGCAGGCUUUUACAGGUAUUUCAGAAGAGCUUAUUGCAAGCUCAAGACAUUUUGAAUCAGAACCGGUUGCUGAUCAAUGAGAUAAACCAAAACCAGGAGUCCAAGAUGCCUGAUAAUCUAAGUAGAAAUGUGGGUUUGAUCAGAGAACUCAAUAGCAAUAUCAGAAGGGUGGUUGAUCUCUAUGCUGAUCUUUCUAACUCCUUUACCAAGUCCAGAGAAGCUUCUUCUGAAGGGGACUCCAGUGGGACUUUGAAGUCUGAUGGAAAAGUCAACCAGAAGAGAAUUAGAUCCAGCUAAUUGAUUGAAUUUGAUCUUUCUUGUAAUCAACAAGUUUAUUCUGAUUCUGGAAGGAAUUUGUUCGGUAGAACUGAGUAACAUCCUCUAAAGUUAUUUUUGUGCCAAGUCUUCCAUAUUGGGUUUAUGUUUAGAGGGCCAGAGAUUUAGUUAAUCAUUUGAUCUAUGAAAGUAGCAUCAAUUUGAGGACCAUACAAUUGUGAUUUUGUGUAACUCUGUUAACUUGGUGAAAUGAAGCAUGUUCACGGACCAUUUAGUCAA